ACUAACCCUGCACAUGUGUGAAAUAAAGUUGUUGGCUUCUUCAGUGAUCUCAUAACGAAAAGCAACAUGGUUCAAGGCCCUAAGGAGGGUUACUUUCCUAAUCUGCCGAAGCAACGAAAGCAUGGCAAGAUGUUCCGUAAUAUGUCAAGAAAUCCGCAGGCUCGGCUGCGAAUUCUGCAAGGUAUGGUGACUGCCUUGGUAAGACACGAACGGAUAGAGACAACGUACGCCAAGGGACAUGAAACACAGAAAUAUGCUGAAAAGCUAAUUGAAUUUGCCAAAAGAGGAUACAAAGACCCCAAACAUAUGGGUAUUGCAAAUGACUGGCUGGCGGAAAAUGACUUGGUACACAAGUUAUUCAAAGUCUUGGUUCCCAGAUACGAAAGCCGCAAUGGCAACUACACUAAACUGUGGAAGGUGGGAGAGCGUGGCAUGCACUUGCAUCCAAGAGCCUCACCCAUGGUAUUCUUAGAGUUUGUUGGGAAUCCAUUUCCUCCAAUGCAGCCUCCGAAAAAGAAAAAUCCAGGCUGGCUGGUUAAUAUAUUACUGGAUGGAGUUAAAGAAGAGGUGAAAAAGACUGAAGCGUUGGAUUUAGCAAAAACAAUCCCUUGGGGAAUAGAAUACAACUAUACUGGUAUAAUAGAUCAAGAUGUGAGAAUAAAGAAUCCUACCACUCUACCAAAAUCUGAGGAACUUAGGGAGUCUCAGGAAAUUAAAGUAGACACUAAGGAUGCUAAAGCCAAAAUUAUAUCCCCGGAGAACAAGGGUACUCCUGUGUAGUAAUCAUUAAAUAAUGGAGUGUUUUAACCCUGUGUACAUUCUCAAAAUAAAAAUGUAGGUAUUUGAUGUCCAGAUGUUACAAUUAAGACAAUAAAUUUGUCACUCCAUACAUGCAUGCACAGUCCAAGCAUAACUUAACAUUUAUCUGGUUUGAAGAUAGCUGCCAAAACAACAAUAUUGUGAAAAUGGAGAAGGAUCUGCCAAUAUGUUUUCUAUUGGUGCACUGAUUAGAAAUAGGAUCUUGUUUAUCCUUUAUUCACUUUCGAUGUUGCACCUAGAACGUAUGUCCAAAUAUAUACUAGUAUUUGCAGUUACUAUUUUUACAUGCAAGUGUUAUUUUUUUGGUGAAUAAUUUCCCGAAUUGAGCAUACUCUCUAAAUAAUUGUGCGAGGCAAUGUUGCUUUUUUUUCCAGCACAUAUUGCCAUAGUUAGUCGUGAAUGACCUUUUUAACGUAUGUACAACUGUAUAAAUUGCGAAAAAUAAAAAUGAGAAAGAGAUAAGUGUGAAGUAGUGGCAGAGAUCCGUGAGAGCACAUACUUCAUGACACAUACUCGAUAUUGUAGAGUAUUAAAAUAUUUUAUAUAGAAAUUACUGUCAAAAAUUAAUGAUUUGCUUUGCCGAAUUAUUGACCCACAAUA